AUUAACAUCUUUUUUAUUACUUAUAUACCGAGUACACCUGAACAGUUAACGCAGGCUAUUAUAUUACCUGUAAUAUUAAUAUGGAGAAGCAGGAGGCCAUUAUCAGAUAGAUACUGUUUUAUGAUAUUUGAAAAAUGUCAUAAUUUCCAAUUUUCAGCUAAGUUGGAUAACGGAUGUAAAAAGUUUUUGUGUGUAAAAUGGCAAAAAUUGUCGCCAGUAUGGAUACAAUUUUGUUUUUAUGUAUAGUAACUUUAUCAGUAUUAUUGCAAUGCUCUGCGAACCAUUUAUCAGGGAGCUAUUAUAGGCGUUAUCCAUAUAAUAUGCCACCACGACCAUCAACACCAAAACCCAAACCAACAACAACUUCCACAACAACCACAACAGCUGCAGGGGAGUAUGAGCCCCCUGAAAUGGAAGGCGUUUCAUCGACAACAACAACGACAGCUAAACCGACUGUUAAAACGACAACUAAAAAAGCACCUCAUCCUUAUUAUCAAUAUCCACCGUAUAAUUACAAUCAGCAUUAUCGACAACCGCCGUAUAAUGCACAGCACGUCCAAGGUGGCAGUUAUCCAUAUAAUUAUCAUAACCCGCAAGGUGGUAAUUAUCCACAUACUUAUCAACAUGGACGACAACAACAGCCUUACAAUCAGCAAACACAUACCAAACAACAAAGCCAACAUCCAUAUCAUCAACAACACCAACAGCCACCUAAUCAACAAAUCCAACAUCCAUAUUAUAAACAAGCAAAUAAUCAACAGCCACAUUACCAGCAGUCACAUAAUCAACAGCCACAUAAUCAACAAGCAACCAAUCAACAGCCACAUAAUCAACAAGCAUCCAAUCAACAGCCACAUAAUCAACAAGCAUCCAAUCAACAGCCGUAUGAUCAACACACAGGAUACAAUCCAAAUGCAUUGAGUAAUCAGCAAAAGCAGAACCACAACCAAUAUCAGCAAACUACAAUGAGUUAUCAACAAUAUCAACAAAAGUAUCUUCAUGGAUAUCAAGCAGGACAAAAUCAACAACAAAGACAACAAAAUCAACAACAUUAUUAUAAUCAACAACCAAGCAUGCAACGUAACCAGCAUCGACCAAACAGUAUUCCUACGCCUCCACCGAACAAGCCUCCACCGAACAAACCACGACAGCAGGUGUUACCGAAUAACCAGCACGUGUUUCAUAAUAAUGUACAGGACUGGGGUCAUGCGGCAACUAACAAAAAACCUGAACUUUCUUUGACUGGCAAAAUAUCACCUGCAAGUUUGACAAGACAACAAGGAUGGGGCAAUGGUCCGCAAGCACCCAUCAAUGUUUAUCAACAGCAAACUCAGCCAAUUCAGACUCAGCUCCCAACAAUGCAAAAUAUCAAAAACCAACCAGUGCAAGGGCCAAUUCUAGCAAAUUCAGUGCAACCCCUAAACCAACAAGGACAAGUACAACAAAACACAUAUGUACCAAAUGCAGUUGAACAACAAAGACAACAAUUAACACCCAUACAACAAGCACAACAGGUGCCGAUUACUACACAGCAGGCAGCGGUGCAAAGACAAGUUCCUUUAAAUGCAAAUUUGAUGAACCAAUAUGUUCAGGCAAUACAGAAACUACAAGCUCAAAUGAAUAAUAUUAAACCUUCUAACCCCCCAUAUACCGCAUUAACGGCACAACAACAAUCAAUCCAACAACAAAAUGUCGUUGUCAAACCUAUACGACGGGAAUUUCAACAACCUAGCCAGCAAAAUCAAUUGAUCCCUGAUAAACAAGCAAUUAAAGAUAUGUUUAGUACGCCCAUAUCUGUUGCACCUAAACUAGCAGGCACACAACAGACCAAAAUUAAAAAUUCAUUUAACAAAGUAUUUGGAGUAACAAAACCGCCAACUACUAUCAAUCCGUUCAUGGAUUUAUUUGGAUUAAAUAAUCAUGGAUUUGCAAGAACAACGGCACCAACACCUGCUGUGCCUACACCAGAUCCGUUCUUUUCGAUGGCACAAUCCUUUGAGACAAUGCUAAGAACUGGAUAUGCUGCUUCAGCACUCACUGGACAGACUCCAAUGUUUUCACCAUUAUUCGAAUUCUAAGCCAAAAAGUUGUGGGAUUGUGUCUUUCUACAAAAAAGGACUUUUAUUAUUUCUUGGAAAAAAAUCGGUUGGCGUAAUAGACAUAUACUCCGUAUUCAUAUGACAUAAAGUAUAUAAACGUUUCAUUACGUUAUAUUGAGUGUUCAGAUAUUACUGUCUUCAACACCGGUGGCAAAACAAUUAGUGGUGAAUUGGUCAAUUUUCGGAGAACUCUGUGAAAAACGUUGCAAUCUCCAAAGCUGUUUUAGAAUAGUUGUAUAACCAUUGGUUGAUAACACCAUGUUGCGUCGUUAUAAUUUAUGCCAAACUAUAGGAAAUAUUACAGAAGGGUUGAGAUUUAAAUCAAGCAAAUCUUGAUACAAUCCAGAAAAGUAAUAUUAUGCAAAGAACGUUAUCCUAAAGAUUGAAUGUACAUAUUUAGCGUUAUAUCAUAUUUUGUAUAUAAAGUGUUACUGAUUUUGUAUGCUUGUCAUGACGUUGUGCGAUUACACAGUUUCCAUGCUAUCUUAUUAUAAUCAAGUUUCAUCAAAUUUCAUCUUUGAAGAAAAUGUAUAUUUCAUGCUAGGGAAAAUCGAAAUGUUUACAAGAAUUGGUCUCGAUUUUCAAAACGAGUGAUUGACGCUUUCAAUAGAAUACGUAGAUGCAAUCAAUGUACAUACAUAACAAUUUUUUAAUGACUUUAAGCAAAAAUGAAGAGGAUGUUGUAGACGACCUUUAUCGAUAUCAACGGAAUCGUAUCAUUGAUAAAUGAUCAAUUUAA